CAUGCUUGAGUUGUCACUGGUUAGUGGAGUUUAAUCUGCCCCGCUAUACAGAAAAUGAAUAGUAAGGUAGGAGGGAAGGCCACAAAUGAAGAACUGCUUCGGAAACAUCAACAGCACCUGCAGAGACAAAGAGAUGUCAUUGCCUACAGGAUGAAGAACCUGGCAGCUAAGAAGGUGGAGAUAACAAAAAAGACCAACGCUGUGAAGGAGAAAAUCAGGAAAAAGUACGAGGACAUGAAGCGGGUUCUUGAUGAGGAUCUUCGGAUCACACUGACCCAGCUGGACACGGAGCACGAGGCCACAGAGAAGUUAGUGGAGGACAGGAUAGAAGACUGCUACCACCUCACUCAGGAACUGAACCAGGAACUGUCCAACAUUGGUGCCCUAGUGAAAACACAAGAAACUGACAAUCAGAAUGCAGAAACAGAAAAAAGAAUAUCUAAGACUCUGAAGAUGACUGACCCUGACCUGAUUCAGAUGGAUGAGUUCAAGAAUGAACAACUACUGAGUCUUACCAUCAACCUGCUGCUGUUCAUCAGAUCCCAGGUCCCUGUCACCAAGAAACUGUUUCAGAGCUGUGAGUUCACCCAAAAGGCAGAUGCUGCAGAUGUUGUCCUUGACGCAGACACUGCCCACCCCAAGCUGAUAAUCUCUCCCAAAGGCGACUCAGCCACUUACACAGACACCUGGCAGGAUGUUCCAGAGACUCCCUCCCGCUUUGACACCACCCUAAAUGUAGUCAGCCAGCAAGGCUUCAACGAGGGCCGCCAGUACUGGGAGGUGGAGGUGAGUGGGAAGACUUACUGGGAGCUGGGGCUCACCUACCCAAGCAUCCCGCGCAAGGGCCGUGAGGAGGACUCCUGGCUGGGCCGAGGCAAAGAGUCUUGGUGUGUGGAAUACUUUAAUGGAGACUACACAGCCUGGCAUGGUGGAGUCCAGCAUGAGUUGCCAUUGGUGGCAGGAAAACAGUUUACUCGCAUCGGGGUGUACUGCAGCUUCCCUGGAGGUUUGGUGUGCUUUCUGGGAGCUGAUAAUAUGACUCCGCUCCACUGCUUCUGCGCUGGGACCUUCACUGAUACCCUACAUCAAGCAUUAUGUCCUGGCCACGACAACGAAGGAACAAACUGGAAGUCCCUUAAGAUCUGUGAUGCCUCCCGAUCCGCUCCUGUUCUCUGAGGUGAGACAGGAAGGAUGGGGCAGAAAUGGUCAGGAAUGUGUUGCCCUGUUGGGUAUGUGCAUCAGCUGCCUGAUCUGACAUUCUUAACUUCUGACAUCAACUCUAGAUGCUGUGCAUGUCAGGCUAGUCUAAAUUUGCCUAAAGGAAUAUUUAGAGGGUGUCUCUAUUUUAGAUUUACAGGUGGUGUAAUUCAUUUCAAGUCAUUGAUGUUUUUCUUUAUAGUGGACACACCAAAGCUAACAUGACGACAGGGCUGUUCUUCAUUCUGUUGCAGUGCAUCUAUUUUUAAAAGUUUAUUUUUAAUGCUGUGUUGAAUCAGAAUAUCCAGAUGAGGAACUUCAAAAGACAGAAGCUUAGGUGGCCAAGAAAGAGAAUUAAAUUAAGAAACGAUAAUAAAUAACCUUUAAUUUGGUCUGCUUCUUAACACUCAAUCAAUUUCAAGCUGGAUUUGUCUACCAUUAAUUCAAGGACAAUAAUGGGGACAUUAUGUUUGUAUUUUUUGUCAGCUAAUCCAAUGAAAAUACCAAGACCAGAAAUGUGUUAGUCCACCUCUUUUUGACCUUCUGUAGUUGUCUGUGGCUCUCAACCCAAGCCCAUAAGUGCUUAUUAAAAAUGGAAAUCUAUAAAGGA